AAGUAUGCAAUAUGUUACAUUUUGAAAAAAAAUGAAUCCGCGCCUUUACUUUUGUUUCUCAACGCUUCUAUAAAAAAAAAUGUGCUAUACAAUUUCAGUUAAGGUUAGAUUAUAAUUUGGGCUUGUAUGAGCUUACUUUGCAGAGGCGCAAAUAUCGUGAAGUACAUAGGAUUUGUACAUUCAUAUAUUUCUUCUAUACUUGUAGAUAAAGUGGGGGAGUAAAGUUCACGAAUGCCUAGAUGUUUUCGAGCUAUUUGAGUUAUGUAUUUCAUUUGAUAUUCGCUUGAGGAACGAGUGCGACCGAAUCCACGUCAGGAAUUAUUCAUUAUUUUAGUGCAAAUGACUGAAAAUGUAUUUGAAAAAUCGACGGGAAGUGGAAACAGAUAUGGUCCGCUUAUUGGCGCAAUUGACGAGGGCACAAGUAGCGUUAGAUUUUUGGUCUUUGCGGCCAAUACCGCCGAAGUGUUAACUUAUCAUCAAAAAGAACUAAAUGUUUUUUAUCCGCAAGAAGGAUGGGUGGAGCAAAACCCAAUGGAAAUAAUCGAUGCUGUACAAGAGUGUUUAAAUCGAACUGUCGAGAAUCUGAAACAAUUAACGAUUAAUCCGGCUGAUAUUGUUGCUAUAGGAAUAACAAAUCAGAGGGAAACGACUAUUCUUUGGGAUACCGAGACUGGAAAGCCUUUGUACAAUGCUAUUGUAUGGAUGGAUAUGCGAACUACCACUAUCAUAGAUGAAAUCUUAAAUAAUAUCCGUAAUCGAAACAAAGAUUAUCUUAAGUCAUUGUGCGGCUUACCAAUAAGUCCAUAUUUUAGCGCUUUAAAAAUAAAGUGGCUUAUAAAUCAUGUUAGCCAAGUGCAGGAGGCGAUAGCAGAGAAUCGAUGUAUGUUUGGAACUGUAGAUUCGUGGCUAAUAUGGAAUUUAACGGGUGGAGCAAAGGGUGGAGUACACUGUACAGAUGUCACAAAUGCUUCCAGAACAAUGCUGAUGAAUAUAGUUGAUUUGAAAUGGGAUCCGUAUCUUUUAUCAUUUUUUGAGAUACCGAGAAGUAUAUUGCCACAAAUUCGUAGUUCAUCUGAAAUUUAUGGUAAUAUCGUUGAUGGAGUUCUACAAGGCGUACCUAUAUCAGGGUGUUUAGGAGAUCAACAAGCUGCUCUCGUUGGUCAAAUGUGCUUUCAGCAUGGACAAGCAAAAUCCACCUAUGGAACUGGAUGCUAUCUUUUGUAUAAUACAGGAACUAAAAUUGUUCAAUCAUCUCAUGGCUUAUUGACAACUGUUGGAUAUCAGUUUGGACCAAAAGCAGAUCCAGUUUAUGCAUUAGAAGGUUCCAUUGCUAUAGCUGGUGCAGUUGUUAAGUGGCUUAAAGAUAAUUUAGAGAUUAUUAUUAAUGCUCAAGAAACUGAAGUUAUCGCUGAAAAAUUAAGUAACGAUAACCGAAUUAUUUUUGUCCCUGCUUUUUCGGGACUCUAUGCACCGUAUUGGCGAAAAGAUGCAAGAAGUGUUAUUUGUGGCAUCACAGAAGACAUUGACUAUAGUCAUAUAGUUAAAGCAGCACUUCAGUCUGUUUGUUUUCAAACAAGAGAUAUUCUUGAAGCCAUGAAAGAAGAUAUAGGAAUGACUUUGACAAAAUUAUUAGUCGAUGGAGCAAUGACAAAUAAUAAUUUGCUAAUGCAAAUGCAAGCCGACAUUUGUGGUGUUCCUGUAGUCAGACCAGUUAUGUGCGAGAUAACGGCACUUGGAGUAGCGAUUGCUGCAGGUUCUGCGGAAGGUAUUAAGAAAUGGGAUAUCAAUAUUAGUACAAAUGUGCCAAGUGAUACUUUCAUCCCGUCAAUUACAGAAAAUGAACGGGAUAUACUGUAUUCAGAAUGGAAAAAAGGUAUCGAGCGAAGUCUUGAUUGGGACACUGAGGUUGCCUCUGAGGAAGAGGAGGACAUCAAUAAAAUGACAACGUCUGGUAUAUUUAUUUUUAGCACCUUACUGCUACUAAUGUUUGCAAAAUAUCGAUCGUGAAGUUUGAGCUGUUGUAUAAAAAAGAAUAGAUUAAAAAUUAUUCCAAGCAUUAAAGAACUUUUACAAGUUCUGUUCCAAUUGCAUUUAGUGCUAAAAAUAUCUAUAAUGAAAUGACUUAAAGGUAUCAAUAAGUAGAAAAUAAAAUAUUGUAAAUACAGCUCUUCUUAAUUGAACCACUCUUAGUGAUCUUUAAAUUAUUUUCUUACUAUUUGCCGAC